AGGACGAGCCUCCCUCAGCAGGAGGAACAGGAACUAAUGUGGGUCAGCAUCACAGGGAGAGACGUGUCUGCCCCUGCGCUGAUGCUCACCAGCCGCAAUCAAAGCACGGCACACUCCAAGAUGACCUCUCCAGAUCCACAAAGAAGAAAAGCCUUUCACCACUUCACACCCGGAGUGUCUCUCAAAGCCCCCGUGUUUUUCCAGCGUGCCCGGUCUUAGCACGGCAGACAAUACAGAGAGGUCUUCAGAAACCUGCAAUAACCCGUCCGAAUGUCAUCGUGCCUCAGUGCACCGACCGAGAAAGUAGAAAAGAACAACCGUGCAACCGUUUUCAACUGAAAGACCCCAGCAAAAUAACCUGUCCGAAUUUGUUCAACAUUCCCAUCGACUCUGUUGAGUGUGCCAAGAAAAAUAAUAAAGUUCAAAAACAACCUCAUCCUGUGUUCAGUGCACAUGCAGGCUGGAGGGAAGUUGUAGGUAAAGAAGCAGUGUUGGUUCAGGGACGCCAGAAGACGGACUCCCACCGCUCAGGAACCGCUGAUCAGACCGGCAGCUCGGCUGAAGAUCCGUCCUUCGGGCUCAAGAGCCGCCAGCUCCCUUACAGCCGCCCGGCUGGCAGCAAGUGGGCGAAGCGCUCAUCUCCAGCCAGCCAGAGGAGUCUCAAGUCCUUCUCCACCAGCCAGUGUAGCUCGCUUGAGAAACAGGUUCUGGUGGAGGAAAUAACAAGACAGGCCAGCUCUCAGCACGUCAGUGGAUCCAAAUUGUCCCUCCACACACGCUCCCCUCCACGUCCCGACACCUCGGAAACUGGCGACAUCCUUAAUGGGGAUGUGAUGCGUCCGCUCAGCUGCCAGGACACUUCCAGAUCUAGUAUUUCAGAUCUUCUUCAGUCAGGCCAGCAGCCCAUUCAGCUUCUCCACAGUUCCAUCCUGGAGGACGCCUUCUCCAAAGUCCUCAGGGAAGACUCCAGUAAGGAAGGCAGCAUCCCUCAGAAGAAGACCAAGGACAUCAGCUACCGGCUGGGUCAGAGGAGAACUCUCUUUGGGAAGCGCAAACAGCUGAGCGAUUAUGCGCUGGUCUGUGGGAUGUUUGGGAUUAUUGUCAUGGUCGUUGAGACAGAGCUGUCAAGGUCAUUUUACAGCAAGGAAUCCAUGUAUUCUUAUGUUUUGAAAGGCCUUAUCAGCAUUUCUACCACCAUUCUUCUUUCACUCAUUCUGAUGUACCACGCAAGAGAAAUUCAGCUCUUCAUGGUGGACAACGGGGCAGACGACUGGAGGAUAGCCAUGACCUUUGAGCGCAUCCUCUUCAUCAUGCUGGAGCUCCUCGUCUGUGCCAUCCAUCCCAUUCCGGGCCGCUACGUGUUCACCUGGACCGCCCGUCUGGCCUUCAACUACACGGCCUCGGAGGCAGACGCCGACGUGGACAUCGUCUUCUCUGUGCCAAUGUUCCUGCGCUUGUACCUGAUUGGCCGGGUCAUGCUGCUCCACAGCAAGCUGUUCACAGAUGCUUCCUCUCGCAGCAUCGGCGCACUCAACAAGAUCAGCUUUGACACUCGUUUUGUGAUGAAGACUCUGAUGACCAUCUGCCCUGGCACAGUUCUGCUGAUCUUUAGUGUGUCCUGUUGGAUCAUUGCAGCAUGGACCGUGCGUGUUUGUGAGAGGUAUCACGACGCACAGGAGGUGACCAGCACUUUCCUCGGUGCAAUGUGGCUGAUCUCCAUCACCUUCCUGUCCAUCGGCUACGGAGAUAUGGUCCCUCACACCUACUGUGGAAAAGGGGUUUGCCUCUUGACAGGAAUCAUGGGAGCGGGUUGUACAGCCUUAGUGGUAGCCGUUGUUGCAAGGAAGUCAGAGCUCACCAGAGCAGAGAAACAUGUCCAUAACUUUAUGAUGGAUACUCAGCUCUACAAGAAGAUAAAAAACACGGCAGCAAAUGUGCUAAGGGAGACUUGGCUCAUCUACAAAAACACCAGGCUGGUCAAAAAGAUUGACCACGCCCGUGUGCGCCACCAUCAGCGGAAAUUCCUCCAAGCCAUCCACCAACUACGAAGAGUCAAGAUGGAGCAAAGAAAAUUAGGUGACCAAGCCAACACAGUUGCUGAUCUGGCCAAGACUCAGAACAUGAUGUACGAUCUGGUCUCAGAGCUGCAGCAUCGAAGCGGGGAGCUGGACAAGAGGACCGUGGCUCUGGAAGAGAAACUGGACUUAGUCCUCCUUGGUGUCCAGUCGCUGCCUGUUGUCCUCUCCCAGGCAAUAACAAAGCUACAUAAGGAUUUCCAGGAUGAUUUGGCCUGUCACGUUCACUUCCUGUCAUCUCCUCUGAACUCUGAGUGUUGUUCGGUAUCUGCCAAACAGCUCUGUCCAGGAUCCACAGCUCCAGAGACGCCAUACGGCUGAAAAGCAUCCUUUACUGUUUCUCUUCUCACCCUUUACCUAUCAGGUAAAAGCUACAAAUUAUUGACGAUUAGAACAGGAACCACUAAACCAGGGGCGUCAAUUGGGUAUGGCAAGGUAUGGCAGCCGCCACACCUUGGCUUCAAGGGUUUAUGGAAUUACUCUGUGUCUCUUUGUAUUGAUUAUUGUAUUACUUAAUACAUAUAGAAUAACUACAAAUGCAAAUCAGAACAACAUGAUCGAUUUCACUAGUUAUUAUACACUGCAAAAACUCAAAAUCUUAACAAUAAUAUUUGACUUAUUUCUAGUUAAAAUGUCUCAUUUAAGAGAAGACU